GUAUCCCGGCAUGGCAACCGAGGGCCAUCAUUUACUUACCCCAAAAGUCCUUAUCGACACAAUGAUACCAAAAUAUGGCCUUUUGGGGUGGGAGAGCUGACGCAGAAAGGUCGCAUGCAAAUGUUUAACCUAGGAAAGAAGAUCCGCUCUCUGUACAAUGGAUUUCUGGGACAAAUCUACAGGCCGGGAGAGUUCAAAGGUCUCAGCACUCCCAUGGGACGUACUCUGCAGAGCGCCGAACUGUUCCUGGCAGGCCUGUUUCCUCCCACAGGCUUUCCAAAUGUGGAACAAAGACCUGCAGUGGCAGCCUAUACCUGUCUUUCCUAACCUCCUGGAUCGUAAUGAUAUGGUGCCACCAUCAGGACCGAACUUCUGUCCCAAGUAUCGAGAAGUUCAGAAGAAACCUAUGAAAGAGUAUUUAGAAGAGUAUAAAUCUGAACUGGACAAGCUUGUUGAGUAUGCUUUGCCCUACACGGGAUAUAAUACAGAUGAUCUAAAGUCACAAAAAAUGGGAGGUUUCCUAAGAGUUUCCAUAUUGUUCGUACUCUGGGAGUCUUUCAUAUACCCGCAAGGAGAUGGGCUGCCCCUGCCCGACUGGUCCAAGAAGAUAUUUCCAGAGCCUCUCACAUUCUUGAUCAAAAAGGCAUUUCUGGCAACAUCGAUCGGUACUGACCUCCAGAUUAGAUACUUGGAAGGAGAAAUGUUCAAAGAAAUGGUAGAGCACAUGCGAGCCAAGGAGAAAAAUACAAAGGAAUCAUCCGAGCGGAUGUUUUACUACUCUGGCCACGACCAUACCAUCGUAGGCCUUCAGGCCAUCCUGGGUUUUGACACAGAGGCCUUGGGCCUCGUGGAACCUGCUUCCGCCUUGAUCUUUGAACUCCAUCAGAAUCCGGAUGCUGACGGACAAUUUUAUGUCCAGGUGCUGCAUAUAGACGGAAGCUCCCCGGAUUCGGAGCCCAAAAACGUCAACAUCCCAAGGUGCGAGUAUCCCUGUGACUUCCACCUGUUCUUGAACAUCACUGAAAAAUAUUACAACAUCACAGAUUAUCAAAAGGAAUGUCAACUUGAUUUAACAGCUUAAUAUUUACAAAGUUAUUGUACCAUAUUUGAAUUUAAAGACUGAUUUUUUUAAAAGAACAAGCAAAAUGAAAAAUCUUAACAAUUAAAAUGUUUUUUAGAUUUGCUUUUAGGUUCAGCAAUAAAUAU